AUGUGUGACCAGCAGAAGCAGCCGCAGUUCCUUCCAUCUUGUGUGAAGGGUUCAGGACUUGGAGCCGGGCAAGGUGGCAGUGGUGCCUUUGGGAAAGGCCAGGUUUCCGGCCAGGUCCAAACUGUUUAUGCUCCGGGACCUGCUCUUUGUCAGCCUCAAACCAUCGUGAGAUACUCAGCUCCGGUUCCCACUCAAACUUAUGUGAAAUAUCAAGUUCCAUGCCAGACCAGAACCUACGUGAAGUGCCCACCUCCCUGCCAGACAUACGUGAAAUGCCCAGCUCCAUGCCAGACUACUUAUGUGAAGUGCCCAGCCCCAUGCCAGACAACCUAUGUGAAAUGCCCAGCUCCAUGCCAGACGACCUGUGUCAAAUGCCCAGCCCCAUGCCAAACGACCUGUGUCAAAUGCCCAGCUCCCUGCCAGACUCAGACGUAUUAUGUCCAGUAUCCAGCGUCUAGCCAGACCUACUACGCUCAGGCUUCUUCAGGAGGCUCAGGUUCUCAGGGCGGUGCCUCUGACCCUUGCUCUGCUCCCUGCUCCAUGAGCUACUGCUGUUUGGCUCCCCGGACCUUUGGGGUGAGUCCUCUGAGACGCUGGGUCCAGCGGCCCCAAGGAUGGAACACCGGAUCUUCCAGCUGCUGUGAAGAUUCUGGGUGCUGUAGCUCUGGAGGCUGUGGAGGCUGUGGAGGCUGCGGCUCUGGAGGCUGCGGAGGUUGUGGCUGUGGCUCUGGGUGCUGCUGUUUGGGAAUUAUUCCCAUGAGGUCCCGAGGUCCUGCAUGUUGUGACAGUGGGGAUGAUUGCUGCUGUUAA